GUAUUGUGUCCCGAGUGUAAACAAUACAUUUUUAGGUGUUUUUUAUUAAUGUUUAAAGCAGUCAAAUGAAAACCAAAUUAAACAUUUUUUUAGUUUCUGGUUUCGGCUUCUGAAUUCCACAAAAAAUUAUGACUAUUAGAAUAGAUGUUUGUGUAUUUGUUUAACAUCGUGUUAAUAGAUGAUCAUCUAGGCUCUAUACUUUCUCUUUUUCAUUGCGAUUGCAGUAAGAUGCAAUCAAAAGAAAAAACAAAUAAUAAGGUCAAACUAUGUUCAAGCUCAGUGUGUUCUCCAAUACCAUCAAAUUCACCUACAUUAGGAUACAGAAGUUUUUCUAACUGGCCCAAUGAGUGGGGAGGAGUGGCCUAUUAUGACUCUGGUAGCUCUGAUCUUCUCAGCCAAAGUAUCGGAAGCUCCACAUCCUGGUCAGAUGAGCUGGAAGGGGACCUGACCCCAUCACUACAGGCACAGCUGCACCUGGUAGAACAGACUCUGUACCAUGAUGGAAGACAAGAACUGCCUAUCCAUAGCCCUUUGAGAGAGGAAUGCAAACUGUGGCAGCAAAACUUCCCUCAUCUCAGGAUUUAUGGCGAAGCAGUAAAACCUUCUGUUGGCUGUCAAACCCGAAGUCGACAUGAGCAAAUUCAGGAGCAGCUGGAGGAAAUCAUCUCUGCUCAUGGUGACAGUGAAGACGCCUUGGCUAGGACUGUUGUUAAAAAAGACAGUGUGGUAGACUGCAGUGAACUUUAUAAAGAAAAAAUUAAAAAGGCUGUGAUAGACCAAAUAUUUUUAAGAAUCUGGCCUGAAGUUGUGAAAAAAAUAGAACCAAUUUUAUGCAAAGUAGCUGCUGAACAGAAUGACCCGUUCAGUGUAAGCCCCGAGCCGAGGUUAAAGUGUGAUAGUUUGAGUACAGAGCUUACCAGUGGCUUCAACAGUUUGAAUAUUAUUGAGGAUGUGACAACGAGGCCCAAGUCUGGUAGAAGAUCAGGUAGAACUUUAUCAGCCAAGGUCCCAGUCAAACCCAUCGUACUGGAGUGUUCCAUCCCCGUACCAAUGUUAGUCAACAGGACUUCCUCUCCUCUGAGAAGGUCGCCUGGAAGGUUGUCGCAGGGAAUGAAACAACCUUCCCCAGAGAGACUGUUGUCCCCCCUCCCUCUAGAGGCUCGCAGUGCCACUGGACGUCGCCUAUCCAGACCCAAACCUCAGUACGACGCACGCACUGGCCGUAUGAUCAACAGAGAUGACUCUAGGCUUGACUGUCGCAGGAAUCUCAAAACAUCACCCCCACUCCCAUGGUCCCGCCAUGUUACUCUGCCUCCAAUAGAAACCAUGGAUAUUGUUCCCAAGAUGACGGAAUCCAAAGGCAAACGUUCAGCGUCAGCAUUAUUCAAAGGAGGGAAGCUUAACAGUAAUUCUAGACCUAAUACAUCUAUUGCUACAAAGGUGGUGUUGAGCCCUUUAGAUUCUCUACAGAUCAAGCAAACACCUGUGACCACCUCACGACCCUGGCUUCACCACUACCCCCAAGAAACAUACGACUCCGUCUCCGUCCAUCAGUCCAAGCCGUCAGAUCAGCGACAGAGGUGGCGAAACAGAACCAACCAAGUUAAAAGAUGUUGAUAUAUUUUCUUAUUGCUAAAAAAAGGAACCAUUGUCUGUUACACUGUAUUAAAUAAUUUUGUUGAAUAAAUGUGUUACUUAAAAACUGUAA